AGAAACUUCUCAAAGCUUUGAUACUAUCCUACACAUCAUCAAGCUCCUCCUAGAACCUACUUAUAUUUAUCUUCACCUAUUAAUAUAUAAAUCGUCUCAAUUCUCAAUUGCAAGACCAGAAAGCCAACAAGCUAAUUAGAGUAACCAGUGAGUGUUGUUAUCAAAGAAUUAAUUAGUUAAUUUUUAGUAAUGGCUUUGGCACGCUUAGCUUUGAAGAAUCUGCAGCUGAAUAAUGUACAGAAACAGAGAUGGUGCUCUCAACUUGUACGACGCUUGUCUACAAAGUCCGCCGAUGAACAACAAGUAGUUGAUGCAGGAAAAUCUGAGAAACAACAAGUAGCUGUUUCCGACAGUGGCAAUAAAUCAAAGUUAUUUCCAAGGAGACGACGCCGUGCCAAUCUUUGGAGACGCAACAACCCUGCUCUUUUCGAAAAUUUACCAACAGGACUUGGAAAUGCAUUAUUGCAAGUCACAGAGAAUAUCAACAGGUUAUUUGAUAACCUAAACUUGAAUCCCUCUCAAUUAAUGGGAAGGUAUAAGGAGGAUGAUAAGAGUUACAAAAUCCGUUACGACGUGCCAGGGUUAGGCAAGGAGGGCGUGAAGAUUAUGGUUGAGGAUGGAAUUCUGACAAUAAAGGGUGAACACAAGGAAGAGGAGAAGGAAGAAGGUUCAGAUGAUGAGUUUUGGUCAUCAAGUAGCUAUGGUUACUACAAUAAUAGCAUUGUGUUGCCUGAAGAUGCUAAGGUUGAUGAGAUUAAGGCUGAGAUGAAAAGUGGUGUUUUGACAAUUACUAUUCCUAGAAGUGACAAGUCUAAGAAAGAUGUUAAGGAAAUUCAAGUUAUGUGAGGUUUUUCUUUGGUUCAAAAGUGUAAUAAGUAUGUACUUAAUAAUUAGUAUUAUCUGAAUAUGCCGUGGCUGUUUUUAUAAUAACUAAGUUCUCUUUUGAUUUUCAAGAGGCUGUGACAAGAGUGGUUUUGCCUUUGUUUUCUUUUCCUUCUUUUUUCAAUUAUUUCAAUAUGAAAUAUCUCUGUAAUGCUCUGUUUUU